AUGGACGGUGACGGCUCCGGCUCCAAUAUCCCGGGACAUGCACCCGGCCCUGCCGUGAACCCUCACGCUCACGCUCAAGCUCAGACCCAGAUCCAUGCUAAUGGCCGUAGUUCGGGUGAACGGUCCGAAGGCGUCUCUGACCCAGGAACUCAAAACCGCCCCCGCAAAUUUGUGAUACAAAGCACCUUUGGUGUACCCAGAGAGAGGAGAAGCCGAAAGAGUCGGCCUUGCGAUGCAUGUCGCCGCCGGAAGACUGCUUGCAUUAUCACUACGGAGCCUCCAUAUGGGCCGCUACUACGACAGCAAUCGGGCUCCGAGGGUGGCUCUACGAGCUCUUCGAAGCCUGCAGGUGCAGGUCAUUCUUUCCCCGACUCUGGCCCUGGUGGUUCGGGAGAACGGGAUGUAACAGACAUGUUGGCCAGCCCGAAUACCGUCAAGUCAAGUCCUCGACCCAUCACUUCACCCUCCAAUGUCUCCGUUUCUGCAGCCAGUGACUACUCUCCCCGCCCGGGUUAUGAAGCAAUUGCUGGUAGCUACUCGUCAUAUGCCAGCCCUCGGGGUCGGCCGAGGUCGGACCCAGACGCCAGCGCUGCAAGCAUGGAUAUUGUACAACCUACACUGAACUCUCCGGAAUCGUCGUGUAUCAGCGGCGCAGGCUCAGUCCACACACUGGAAGAUAAUCCCGGCAGAGCGACCUAUUUCCUCGGUCGUACUGCUGAGCAAGACCCUUUUGUUCUGGACGCCUUUAGUUAUGGUAUCUUAAGUGAGACGGCAACCGUCGACGCCAAUGUAGUCCAGCUGCACCGCGGCGGCUCGGGUGUCGACGACCUCCCGCUCCAUUUCCUUUUCCUGUCUAUGGGCCACCCCAAGCACACCAAUGAAACGAGGGAACAGGCUUCAGAUGCUAUCGAGACAAAAGUCUGGCCGCACGCUGACGUGCUCGUCGGGCUGUAUUUCAAGCAUGUGCAUCCGGUUUUGCCAAUAGUAUCCAAGGUUCGCUUCCUUCGCCGCUAUGCAAGUAACAGAAAGUCGAUACCGGGAUGUCUACGUGGCGCGGUGUACGCUCUCGCAUCUGUCUUCUGGGCAGAGGACCCCAGCACUCGCCGUGGGGACCGGUUUCCCUUGGAGCAGCACGAGAUUGUCGACCAGGCUCAUAGAGCCCUUCGCAGAGAAAUAGAAAACCCCAACUUCUUUGUUUUGCAGGCUUGUUUGCUCUUGAUACACAUCCAACCCCCUUCCAUCGAUGCCAUGGAAGCGCCGUCAACUUUCACGUUGAGUGCGCAAGCUACCGCAUGUGCGCAACUGAUUGGUCUUCACCAAGAUCCUGGCGAUUGGAAUUUGGAGAUUAUCGAAAAGAAGUUGAGGAAGAAACUCUGGUGGGCGGCCUUUGUAACAGAUUGCUGGGCUGCAGUUUCACAUGGCAACCCUCCUCACAUCGGCGAAACCUCUUACAACACGACUAUGCUCGAUAUAGAUGAUCUUCGCUGCGAUGAAGAUGUACCCGAGGAAUUGCAACAUCUUGUUGACAGUUCGAGUUGGUGCUUUGAUGUCGCAUCAGGUGCUCGAUUUUUGGAAACGGUAAAAAUCACCCGAUUGCUGCGAGGAGUCAUUGAUAGCAAUUUGUAA